CCAUUCCGGGGAGCGUGGUGACGUCACAUCCUCCCGCGUAGGGCGGCUUUGAGGCCGCGUUCUCCUGAGGGGAGACUCAACAAACUCGCUAUGCCAAGAUGCUUGGAUUCCUGAAGCACCCCGUGGUCUUUUCUGUGGAGAUCAACGUGAACCUGGUGGUUUUGGGGGUGCUGGGCUUAAUAAGUCGCCUGUGGGCUCUGUCCUACCCUCGAGCUGUGGUUUUUGAUGAAGUUUACUAUGGCCAAUUCCUCUCUCUGUACAUGAAGCGGAUUUUCUUUGUGGAUGACAGUGGACCUCCGUUCGGCCACCUGCUUCUGGCAUUUGGAGGUUACUUAGGUGGAUUUGAUGGCAAUUUCUUGUGGAACAGGAUUGGAGCAGAAUAUAGUUCUAAUGUGCCCGUUUGGGCCCUACGGUUGUUGCCCGCACUCGCCGGAGCCCUGUGUAUUCCCCUGGCUUACCAAAUCCUUGUGGAGCUGCAUUUCUCUCACGUUGUGGCUCUUGGCGCCGCUCUGCUGUUUCUGUUUGAGAAUUCCCUGAUCACUCAGUCUCGACUAAUGCUGAUGGAGUCCCUCUUAAUCUUUUUCAUACUCUUGGCCAUCUUAUCCUAUCUGAUGUUCUACAAUUCACAGAAACAAAGUCCGUUUUCCACAAGAUGGUGGUUCUGGCUCAUCCUCACAGGAUUUUGCUGCUCCUGUGCAGUCGGGGUGAAAUAUACAGGCCUCUUCACGUACAGCCUGCUUUUGGUCAUCGCAGGAGUCCACUCCUGGCAGCUGAUUGGGGACCAGACCUUGUCCAACGUUUCUCUGCUGUGCCAUUUGCUAGCCAGAAUGCUAGCCCUUGUGGUCAUCCCAGUAGCCAUAUACCUCUCUUUCUUCUACAUCCAUUUGGCUUUGCUCUAUCGCUCUGGGCCGCAUGACCAGAUCAUGAGCAGCGCUUUCCAAGCAAGCUUAGAGGGCGGUCUGGCUCGGAUCACUCAAGGCCAGCCCCUGGAGGUGGCCUACGGCUCCCAGAUCACCCUGCGGAACGUCUUAGGCAAGCCCGUGCCCUGCUGGUUGCAUUCGCACAAGAACACGUAUCCCAUCAGGUACUUAAAUGGCCGUGGAAGCUCCCAUCAGCAGCAGGUGACCUGCUAUCCUUUCAAGGAUGUGAAUAACUGGUGGAUUGUGAAGGACCCGGGGACGCAGCAGCUGGUGGUCAGCAACCCCCCACGCCCCGUGCGGCACGGCAGCAUCGUCCAGUUGGUCCACGGGAUCACGACGCGCUACCUUAACACGCACGACGUGGCAGCGCCCCUGAGCCCCCACUCCCAGGAGGUUUCCUGUUACAUCGAUUACAACAUCUCCAUGCCAGCUCAGAACCUCUGGAGAGUGGAAAUUGUGAACCGGGAAACAGACGGCGAUGUGUGGAAGACCAUCCUCUCCGAAGUGAGGUUUGUCCACGUGAACACCUCAGCUGUGCUUAAGCUCAGUGGCCUCUCUUUGCCCGAGUGGGGCUACCGACAGCUGGAGGUCGUGGGAGAAAAAAUUUCCAAAGGCUACCAUCAGAGCAUGCUGUGGAACGUAGAGGAGCACAGAUACGGGAAAAGCCAAGAGCAGAAGGAGAGGGAGGUGGAGCUGCACUCCCCCACGCAGAUCAGCAUCAGCCAGAACCUCAGCUUCCUGGCCAAGUUCACGGAGCUCCAGUGGAAGAUCCUCACUCUGAAAAACGAAGACACCGAACACAAGUACAGCUCUUCCCCCUUAGACUGGAUCACCCUGGAUACGAACAUCGCCUAUUGGUUCCACGCCAGCUCAGGGGCCCAGAUCCACCUUCUGGGGAACGUCGUCACAUGGACUUCAGCUAACGUGGCAACGGCGGUGUACGUGGCCCUUUUCCUGUGGUACCUCGUGCGGCGGCGGCGGCACCUCCACGACAUCCCUCCAGAGGCCUGGCGGCAGUGGGUGUUGGCCGGGGGCCUGUGUGUGGGCGGCUGGGCCGUGAAUUACCUGCCUUUCUUCCUGAUGGAGAAGACCUUGUUCCUCUACCAUUACCUGCCCGCCCUCUCUUUCCAAAUCCUCCUGAUCCCCAUCAUCCUGCAGCACAUGAGUGACUAUCUCUGCAGAUCCAAGCUCUCCAAGAGCAUGCACAGCGCCUUUGUGGUGGCCUGGUUCUCUUCCGUUUACCUGACCUACCACACGUUCCGGCCCCUCACCUACGGCGAGCCCCCACUCUCCAAAGGCGAGCUCCAGAGUCUGCGCUGGAAGGACAGCUGGGACAUCCUGAUCAAGAAACGCUAGGCGCGAGGGCAGAAGCCGUCCGUCCGUCCGACAGGUGGGCAGGAGCAUGAGCCGUGUUGAAAAGGGACGAUGCCAGCACAGGGAGGGGGGCAAGGGAGGGGAUGCCGCCGCACAACACAGGAAGCUAAGAAACGGGUGGGGUUGGACCCACGGUGGAAGUUUAGCCCGCCUCCUAUCGAACCGGGCUGGAUUCCUGCAGGUAUUCUCCAAGCUUGGAAAGAAUACAAAAAGAGUCUGCUGCUAGGGUGGACUUGAGGUUUCUGCUCACUUCCGACUUAAAAUACCAUUUUAAAAUAUUUAUGUUUACUUCUGGAGCACAUCUGUCGGGGAACACACGAAUGGGGAGAUUUUUAAAAGUACCAACAAAAAAAAAAAUUGUAAACUUUUGUAGAAAGUAUUCUAGCUGCGUCCAGUUCCAAGGUUUCACAGCUUUGCUAGAUGUCAGACUGGCUAGCUGUAGUGAAGCUGUAGUAUCUUAACAUUCCCUUAAUAGUCAGUUAGGACUUUGGGGGGGUACAGGGGGGUUGCAAAGGAGGCCUCCUCCUUCAAGCCUGGCCCUGAACCCCCUGGCUGAAAUAGCCCCCCCUCCCCGAGAGGGGUCCGAAGUGCCCGGCCCGUGCAGGUAAUUGUCAAAGAGAUGUGUCUUUUUAAAGCGACAGCCCCCUGCCCAAUAUCCUCCUGAGAGCGGGGAGAGUGCAGGUCCUUCUCACCUUGCACCACCUCCGGCUUGUGACAGUGCCCGCAGAAAUUGUGCCCACAGAGCACCCACUUGCUCUAGGGCAUAAUGAAGACGCCCGCCCCUUGCGCAGUGAAGUGGACUGUGUAACAGAACUAUGGUUACACCUUAAAGACUUGCAGGGAGAUAUUUUUUUUUGUGGAUUACCAUCCAUUGCCUCAAAGCUGGAGUCAAAUAUAUUUUAGCCACUGGUUUACAGACAAAUAGACAUCGGGCGGGAGGGGAAGAUGGAGAGGAAUCUAGGCAUCUGAAGAAAGGACCAUCAUCCGCUCAAAAAAUCUAUGUUGUUAAGGGGCAACAAUACUGGAGUCUUUAGAUUUUGUUUUACUGUUUAGUGUACAAGGUACCACCUCUUUGACACAUUCUGUGAACCCGUUCCUCUGGGUCAAGGCCUGGAGACCUUCAUAGCCCUUGCACCGAACUGUGUUUCUUAUAUUGCCUACUUUAAAAAAAAAAGCACGCAAGAGAAACCA